UUUACGGAGAGCUACAGUGGUUUGUGCGCGAGGCCUUCCUCUGUAUAAGCAAUCCCUUCGCUUGACUGCGGAUGGUUUGUAAAUGGAGUGUAAGAAAUAUUUCACUCUGCGUCUGGAUUUUGCGAAGAAACGGGAUUCUGUAAACUAAGUCGCCAUUACAAGUCGGCACAAUGCCGGAUAAGGACACUGAUUUGUCUAGAAAUCUAGGGACAUCAUAGCCUGUACAGGCUCCUUCGGAAUAGCCGAUCACACAGUUUCUUUUAUCAAGUUUACCCGUUGUGGAUAAUGGAUGGCCGAGAUUUCGGCCCCCCCAGAUCUGUUCACGUACCUCCACCGCUGCUCUCGGGAUUGGCAAUGGAGUCGCACCGACUCGGAGCUUCCGCUGCGGCCGGUAGAAUCCCAUCGUCUCCCGGCCACUUGGGCGCGGGGCACCCGGCGGCUCUGCACUCUGGAAAAUUCCUAUCGCCGGCCAUUAACAUCCAGUCUCACCACAGUGAUGCCUUCCCAGGUGCCUCUAGUUUCCUCGGUGGCUACGUGAGCUCAUCCAAUCCGCAUGCGGGUCCUGCCCCCCUGCCCUCUGACCCUGCCUUCAGAGCACCCAACCCUGCCAGCCUGCAGAUGGCUCAGCUCUGGGCUUCUCACUCACACGAAGGGUUCCCUCAUCUCCCGAGUGGUCUCUACCCUAGCCCCUACCUUCCCCUGGGUCACCUUGAACACCCACAGCUGGGCCAACAUGCACUCUUCGACCCCAAAAAGGUCUAUGGGUUUUACCUUCCAGGGUCAGUACACUCCUCCCAGCCCACUCUGGCUCGUGGCUUGGUUGCUCAUAUGCCUGGCAACCCUUUCCAGGGAGGAAGGAGGCCCUGUCUUCCCUCAAGAGCUCCAAAGACCUGGUGCGCGAUGGUGGGUAAGGACAAGCAAUGCAAGAGUGAACCAGGCCACAGCAUCCAACGGCGGGAACGGGCACGGGAGCGGGAGGAGGUGCGGCCCCACAGUGUAGUGGACCUCACCCAGGACAUGAAGGUGGAGGACGAGCGGAGGGCGGGCAGCUUGGAGCAACCUGCUAAGGCAGCCGAGCACACGUGGCCUUUUUUUCACCAGCACUCGCCAGGCUCAGGUGCUGCAGACACUAAGCCCAAACACCCCCUCCAGCCCCCCUCACUUGGCAACUGCAGGAGUGGCAGCGGCACGCCGUCCAGGUACCUGAAUUCAGAGCAGGAGAGGCGGGAGCACGACGAUGAGAACGUCCGACUGCUGGGCUCUGCCGACAAGCAAAAACGGUACGACCCAGCAGCUACUUCACUCGGUUCGUUGCAUGCGUCUUACACAAGCCCCUCCUCUCUGCAGAGCAGCCCUGCCCACCUCCCAGGCAGGCUGGUGUCUUCUGGCAACUACCCUUCCGCUCACCACAUGCUGCCCAGCUUGUACCCACUCUAUUCGGCCGCCAAAGAGCCGGCCAAGGAACACAGAGUGACCGCUCCAACUUAUGUGCCUUCUGUCGAGGUUUACGAUGAGCGGAAAGGGCCCAUCCAGAUUGCCUCACAAGCUCGGGAUAAUAAAGCUGAAAAAAGCAGGGAUGGGGAUUCACAUAGAGUGCCCCCACUGGUGGGGUCUGAGAGGAUGCCCACAGACCAUGGGCGCUCCUCUGUUAGGAGCACGUCUCCCCCUCAUGGGGACAUCAAGAGAGACGUUGUAAGAGAAGAGGGCUCGGUCAUUAGGGCCACCAGCCUGGCCAUGAAAAGGCCAUUGCCGUCGGACCUGCACACAAGUACAUCUGGCCCCAGUCCAGAUGUCAGGGACUUAAACAGUGCCAUGCCCAAACACGUGAUCAAAAUGGGGCCAGAGGUGGAUGGGCGGAGCCAGGAGCGUGAUGUUGUGCAAAGGUCUGGGGCUUCCUUCUCUUCCCUGGAUCCAGCUGUACUCCACUCAGCCGAGACCAAGUGGAAGAGUUUUGAGAUGGGCAACUACACCAGCCACAUGGCUGCCCUGGCAGCUCAACAUGCUCACAGUUCCCGGCCCAAGGAGGAGGGCAAGCACAUGUAUCUGGACCCGGCAGCUGUGCCCCGACCCUUGGGCAGCAUGGGCAGCCCGGGAGGGCGCCACCCUGAGGCCCAAAGUGAGGUCUCUGCCAUGCAGAGUCUCAUCAAGUACAGUGGCAACUUUUCAGGCGAGGUGGCCUCCAGGCAGGGCACUGACAGCCGCAGCCCAUUUGGGGGACUGGGUAGUCUGAAACUGGAGCCCGGUCAGCCCUCUAGGGCCCAGCAGCUGGGCAAGCAGCUUAAGCGGGAGCCAGAGAGACCAGAAAGUGCCAAGUCGUUCGGCCGGGAUGGGAGUUCCUCUCAGGGGGAGACUGAGGUUCGCCACCCACCGGUGGGCAUCGCGGUGGCCGUGGCUCGGCAGAGAGACAACAGCACUAAGCUCAGCUCCAUAUCGGACCGCGACAGAACUCUGCUGAAUAGAGGCAUCAAAGGCCCAAACCGCGAGGAGGAGGAGCAAGCAGACGAGCAGGCACGUCAUCGUGAUGACCGCCUCCUGACUGGCCGCCUAGAGCGUGAGCAGGAGAAGGUUCUGAGAGAGAGUAAGGAUUUGACAGAUUACACUCAGAUGCAUCCUCCAAUGGUGUCAGCGAGUGGACUGAACCCCAAUCUGAUGGUGACCGGUGGCCCCUCCUUAGGGGCAGGCCGCUGGGCUACUGACCCCGCCUCCCAUCUGGCCUCUCAUCCUUGGCUGCCCCGCCCAGGAGCAACGUCUAUGUGGCUACCUGGAUCUCCAUAUGGAUUAGGACCCCCCUCACUCCACCAAGCUCUUGCCCCAGGUUAUCCCUCGACCCUGCCUGGUUCCAUUCCCCCAUCAUACCAGUUUGCCCGGGACCCCCAGACAGGACAGCUGGUUGUCAUUCCUACUGAGCACCUUCCACAUUACACGCCAGAAAUGUUGGAGCGUGCGCCCCCGCUGUGGUCAGCCGUGUACCCGCCGGCGGGCAGCUCCCUGCAGCACGCCCACCAGCUGCAGCUCCUCUCCCACCAGCAGCUCGUGCGCCAGCAGGAGCUUUACAUGAUCCAGCAGCAGGCCGCCCAGGUCAUGGAGCUGCAGAGGAAUGCCCAUUUUGUGGAAAGGCUAAAGGAGCAGCCUGCAGACCUGGAGGAUAAGUCGGAGAAGAGGGGUGGAGAGGGGGCCAAAGCUGGUCUCUCAGGCAUUCCCAUUCCUGUCGUACGUGGGCGCAAGCCGCCCCCACGUUCCCCAACCCCCUCCACCUCCUACAGGAAGGCUCUGACACCCCUGCCUGUCACCCCACUGCCCUCUCUGGUCACCACCCUCAAGUCUGAAGAGCAGCCUAAAGGGGAGAACACUCUACCCCAACUGUCCAGUUCACACCCGUCUAGCCCAGUCCCACACCCGGUCAGACCCGCCUCUGCCUGCCCACCACCCCCCUCCCCUAUCCACCCCAAACAGGAGUCCGUGGAGGUGCCUGAGAAAGAUGAGCUCAACCUGCAGAAACAAGCAUCCGCUUCCUUUCCCUCUUUAUAUCCUGAAAUUCCUCCUGGCUACCCCUACCAGUCAAUACCUGCAUCAUUCGGCAGACACUACCCCUACCUCCUGCAGCCUGCAGCCAUGCAUGCUGCAGGCACUGAUGGCCUGGCCCUGGCCGGGCCCCUGCAGGCCAAAGCAGAGGAGCGGCUUGUGGGGCCACCCGACAUCAAGCCCAGGCACCUAUGCUCCCCGGUUGUCGCCGAGGUGUCAAGAGAACCAAAGCCUAUGGAGGAGAACAGCUUGCCAUUCAAAGAGGAGCCCAGUCUAGCGGAUCUGGGCCGGGACGGCAGCAUGGAGCCUCUCCAGCCUGCUCCUCCCCUUCCCAGGCAGGACCUGAGUGCUCCAGUUGAAGAGGAUUCCUGCUCCGGAGAUGCUGCCUCUCCACUGCUGCAGGAAAACGAAGAAGACCAAGAAGAUAAAGUGGAUAUCACCUUGUCAAGCCAUGAAGGACUGUACCAAAUAUUGAGUGCAGACUCCGAUGGGGUCCCUUCAGUGGGAGAUGCCGAGAAUGCCCUCCUCCUUCAAGAGGCCACCUAUGUGCACUCCUCCUCAAAUUACUCAAACUCACAACCUAUAGAGUGUCGCUCAGACUCUCCCUCUGUUCGAGUUGACAGGUUCCUCCCAGUGCAUGACCUCCAAGAGCCCACCUCUUGCAGUUCACCUGACCUGGAAUCAACAUAUGACAAUCUGGCUCUUCCCUCCGGCAGCGUAACAACCUUACACCCUACCCCGGUGCUGCUUCCUGUCUCGCUGGAGGACCCCUUGGCGGGCAUGUUUGCCCUGGUCACAGCCAGUGAGAUGCCCCAAGCCAGCACCCUGGCCACCCUCACAGAAUCCCCCACGACCAUGCCCGUAAGCCUUCUGGAGACGAGUGCAGCCGAGGGCAUGGCUCUCCUCAGCCAGCUGGCUGAGCUGGAGAUGCAGCAGCACGAGAGAGAUGUGGUGCAGGGCAUAAUGCACUGUGGAUUAGAGAGUCUCCUGGAGGCUGGUAGGCAAGUGCUCCUAGAGGCCAUCGAGUGGCAGCCUCAAGUCAGCAUCCGCCUCCCCAGGGAGCUCGACCCCAACAAGAAAUACAGCUGGAGACAGAAGAAGGAUGAUCCCAUGUUCUCUAAAUCCUCUCUGGAGGGGAUUGAUGCUAUGGAGGUAGACUACCGUGUGAGGCUUUCUGAGCUGCAACGCCGCUACAAAGACAAGCAGAGAGAGUUGAUCAGGCUGCAGAGACGCCGAGACAAAGCAGAGAAGCAGCAGCAGCUCCACCAGCAGUGUGAGGAGAGGAGCAGGGGCCUGGGUAAGAGAGGCCCCGGCCGGCCCCCCAAGCGCAAACUCGGCCUGGUCACAGCCUCUCCGCCUUCCAGCAAGCUGGACGCCAAGUGUGGGAAGCUGACCAGGAGCUCACUGUACUCUGAGGACUCUGAGAGCGGAGAGAUGCUGAAGAAACACAGCCGUGCCUCCAACUGUGAGGAGGAGGAGGAGGAGGAGGAGGAGGAGGUGGACAGUGCCGUGCCAAGGCCCAAGAAGAGGAGCAGGAGCUGGAACGAGCAAGAACCUUCCUCCAGCUACUCCCUUGAGGUGUAUAAAGCAGUCAGUAAGAAGAGCCGAGUGAGUGAACAAGAGCAGCUGGCUUCGAAGCUCAACAGGGCCCUGUCUCUCACCAAGCUGAGUAAACUCAGCAAGGCCUCAUGCAAGCUCACGGAAGGCCCCUCUGGGAGCUUCCGAGCAGCUCCUGGGGAAGUACUCCCCAUGCCCCCGGACAUGGACAUGAGGAAGAAGAUGGCAAAAUCCAGCCUGUCCAAAGAUCUGGGCCUCUUUCACAAGUCCUCUAAAGAAGGUAAAAGUAAAAUGGCCAUCAAGGCAAAACCUUCAGACCCAUGUCUUAAGGGCAAAGGCCAAUGGAAGGCUCCAUACUCUCCUGCGAUGUCAGAGGUCAGCAGCUACUCCAACAACACAGAUUCGGAAGAGGAGGACUCUGUGAAGGAGUGUUGGCCUCCGCACUGCCUGCUACCCAGAUCAGGGUCAUGCAAGCAGCACCCAGGUGUCUGCAGCUCUCCAUCCAAGAAGCAGCAUGUGUCGUCCAAGAGGGCCUCAUUGUCAUCCUCCUCAUCCUCACUGAAGUCAAAACAGGUGGCAAAAGAGAGGAAACACAAGCACUUUGCUUUGCUGCUGCAAGAGGCAGGAGUCAGCUCCUCUGAGGACUCGUUUGAUCAAGAGUACUUCACCGAGAGGGACGAUUAUGAGUGUUAUGAUGACGAUGAAGAAGAGGAGGAGGCGGAGCUGGACGAGAGCGAUGGCCUGUGCUCCUCCUCGCUUGAAGAGAGUGGCCUGGGUCUCCUGGCCCGCUUCGCUGCCAGCGCCAUCCCGAGCCCCGUCCCCUCUACUCCCCUGUCCCUGGUUCAGCUGGAGGCCAAGCAGAAGGCAAGGAAGAAGGAGGAGAGGCAAAGCCUGCUGGGCAUGGAGUUUGAGUUUUCUGACUCUGAGAGCGAUGUCAAGAUCCGCAAGUUCCCAUCUCUUCUGCAUGGCAAGCGGUCUGCUCCGGAGCUCCCCCUGCUGCCCCCUGCCAGUGUGCAGCGAGAAGACUCUGGUCCCAGCAAGCGUGGCCGCAAGCCCAAGGCACCCAAGCCCCCAGCAGAGAUCUGCCUGGACUUUCCAGCCGAUGGCAGCGACGAGGAGCGCUGGACCCGCCGCAGGAGCGAGCGCAUCUUCCUCCAUGAUGCCGCACAGGCUAACCCCAUCUCACCCGCUAAGCCUGCCACACCCAAAACACCACGCCGUGCCAAGACUCCUCCACAGGGAUCCAAGGGGCUGCCCAGCAUCAGGGAGGCCAAAGCCCUGGUGAAGAAGAGGCAGUUGAAGGAGAGCCUCCUUCAUCUGCCCCUACCCCAACUCUCCAGCACUCCCUUGGACAGCAGCUCAAUGACCCCUGUCAGCCCAGGUCGCAAGAGCAAAGUCAAACCUAAAGCCAGAGAGCAGGCUCGAGGAAAGGGUGGUGCUGUCAGCAAGCUGAUGGAAAGCAUGGCUGCGGAUGAAGACUUUGAGCCCAACCAAGACAGUAGCUUCUCCGAAGAUGAGAACCCCCCUCCAAGCACUCAGCCUGAAAGACCCUGCACGCCUGCUCCUCGGAACUGUGUGAUAGAUAAAGAUGAACUGCAGGAUGGACUGCGUGUGCUCAUCCCCAUGGAUGACAAGCUGCUGUACGCUGGCCACGUCAACACCGUCCACUCACCUGACAUAUACAGUGUGGUGGUUGAGGGUGAGCGGGGGAACCGGCCUCACAUCUACUGCCUGGAGCAGCUGCUGCAGGAAGCGAUCAUCGACGUGAAGCCUCCUUCUGUUAGGUACCUGCCCCAGGGAACCAGGAUUGCAGCCUACUGGAGCCAGCAGUACCGCUGUCUCUAUCCCGGUACUGUCGUCAGAGGGAGUCCCGACAAGGAUGAGGUGGACGACUUGAUCACGGUGGAGUUUGACGAUGGUGACACAGGACGGAUCCCACUGUCGCACAUUAGGCUCCUCCCACCAGACUAUAAGAUCCAGUGUGCGGAGCCAUCUCCAGCCCUCCUGGUGUCCUGUACUAAACGCCGAAGCAGGAAGUGCAGUAAAGAUGUUUCUGAGAGCAAAGAGACCAAAAGCCCAGAGGAUCCGGCCCCAAAGAACAGGGGGAGAGGGAGGAAACCAAAAACCAUAACUGAGCCUGAAGUGUCUCCAAAGGAGCAUGAAAAGCCUGAAGCAUCAGCCCCUUCCCAGGUUCUGGAGAGGCCUCUGUCUGCCCAGAAAAACUGCUCAAGGCCAGGCAGAAAGAGCCUGUCGGCCACCACAACUGGCUCCUCCAUCCCCAUGCCUACUGAAAGCCAGAAGAAAGCCACAGUGACCAAGCCCGCUGCUAAAGUGCGCUCACAACCUCAAUCAGUCUAUUCGUCUGCACUUUAUGGGAAAGUUCUGUCUGUGGAUCUCUACAAUGACCCCUCCACAUCACUAGCUUCCUUUGUCUCCAGCAACGACAGUGGCAAGGCAAAGCCUGUCAAACGAACGCGGAAGAGUGAAGAGGAGGGAGCCGGGUUUGGGGUGAAAGCCCAACGCAAGCAGUCUCAGACCGAGAUCCUGAUCAAGCUAGACCAUGAGGGUGUGAUGUCCCCCAAGAGCAAGAAGACCAAAGCCCUGAUGAUGAUGGAGGACCAGAACUCAGCAAAGAGGGAGAACAAGGCAGCGGUGGGCAUUGGCUAUGCGACUGUCACUGCUGCAGCCCCUGCAGAAAAAAAAACAAAGUCGAAGAACAAGCCCGAGGAGGAGGCUGUAAGCACCAGCAACCUGGCAACCUACGGUAUCCGAAAGCCGGGUGCCGGCAGCAAGUGCCCGGCCAAGGUGAAGAGCUCUGGGGAGAAUAAGGAGAAGGAAGAAGAAGCUCAGUCAGCCAGCAGCAGCAGUAGCAGCUGCAGCUCAGAAUCCGAAGGAGAGGAGGAAAGGAGGACCUCACCGGAGAAGGCAGACAUACAGGACAGCAGCUCCACCAGUUCCCGUGCUUCCAGUCCCACCUCUUCCAGCUCCUCCACCAGCAGCUCCUCUUCUUCUGCUGGAUUCAAUUCUUCCUCCUCCUCCUCCUCCUCUUCUUCCUCAACAACCAGCGAGGAAGAGUCCUCCUGCAGCUCAGAUGAGGAGGCUCCUACUGUACCACAAAUGCACUCCCCUCAAGAGCAUGCUCCAGCACAGGAUGAGGAAGAGGAUACAGAGGAGAAGAUGGAGGUGAAUUCUGAGCCCCCAGCCACCAGCCCCAAGGCCCAGAAACAGCAGGCUACGCCCAAACAGCAGCAGAAGGUGAAGAAGAGUGUGGGCCGGCCUAAAAGAGAGGGUGUCCAUUUACCCACCACAAAAGAGCUGGCCAAGAGACAGAGACUGCCCUCAGUGGAGAACAGACCAAAGAUCUCUGCUUUCCUUCCAGCCAGACAGCUGUGGAAGUGGUUUGGGAAACCUACUCAGAGACGGGGAAUGAAGGGCAAGGCAAAAAAGCUCUUCUACAAGGCCAUCAUGCGUGGGAAGGAGAUGAUUCGCAUUGGAGACUGCGCUGUUUUCCUGUCUGCUGGACGACCCAAUCUCCCAUUUAUUGGUCACAUACAGAGCAUGUGGGAGUCCUGGGGAAACAAUAUGGUAGUCCGUGUAAAAUGGUUCUACCAUCCUGAGGAAACAAAUCCUGGAAAGAAACUUCAUGACAAAAAGAACUGGGAUCAGAUGUCUGGAAGGAACCUUCCUGCUGUUUUACAGGCUUCUAACCAGCGGAAAGAUUUCAUGGAGCGGGCCCUGUACCAGUCCUCUCACAUUGACGAGAACGAUGUUCAGACCAUCUCACACAAGUGUUUGGUGGUCAGCCUAGAGCAGUAUGAACAGAUGAUUAAAACCAAAAAGUACCAGGACAGCGAGGACCUCUACUACUUGGCUGGCACCUACGAACCCACCACUGGAAUGAUCUUCAACACUGACGGGAUUCCUGUCAUCUGCUGAGGGCCACUCUUCUCACCUUGUCAAUGAAUGUUUCAGGUCAGCAUCUGAGAGCUGCACCUUACGAAUGAGCUCAAAUCUUUGUACAAGAUUAACAAGGGCUAAAUAGACAGAGUAAAAUAGAUGAUAGAGACAUUUUGGUACAGCUACGCAUAAGGCUAGUGUGAGACUGCUCUCCAGCUUGAAUGGAUGGAAUUUGAGGACUGCUCUGAUUGUCAUACUGGAAACACAUACAUGCUUUGCUUGAGAGACUUCAGAGACUUUGGAUGAGUUCGAAUCAAUGGCAGCUCACAGUCUGACAGUGUUGUUAAAGUAUGUGCUUAGAGAAACGUGCAGUGCAAACAAAUGGAGGAUGUGUCAAACUUGUUAAUGGAGCAUGGUCCGUUUCAGCUCUUAAGGUGAAGACAAAUCAUAGCUUCUAUAUUUGGAAAGCUCCAUUCUGGGUAAAGUAAAGAGUAAGUGUCAAUCCUCUUUAAGGUCAAGUGUGUCUGCACAGCUGAGUUCCUCUAUCUCCAGCCACCAGCAGCAGAACUGGUACUGAGGCCUGUCAGCGCAGCAGGGCUGAGUCCACCAGGGCAUGGGAAGAAAGCUGCUGGGAACCAGUCUCAUGAGUUCAGGGAACAUCUUGUGGAGGAAGUGAUUCAGACUGACAGGACAUGUCACACUUGCUACUCCAUUCUACCCCAAGAAGCUAUCCCUACCAGCCACUCCACUGUCCUGUGACUACCCAGUAUAACCAAGCUGGAACUUAAUAAGACGGCAGCAGUUUAAUGAACUUUGAUGGCUGAUGCCACAAGGGACUUCUAAAGCUGUAGUGCACACUGACAUCUCCACAUGGGGGUGUGUAGGAGAAUGAUUUAAAGCACUUAAAAACAUGAAUAAAUAAAAAUAAUAAGAGCAGUCUGCAUUGUGAACCAUGGACAGGUCUGUGGUUAAUUGUACUGGGGCCUGAACUGCUCCUGCACUCUGCACUGGUUAUUCACGGGAAAGGGUGAGUCACUUUUCCACCAAGCCGCCCAAAAGAUCUAUCAGAAUAUUUAUAUGGCCCUGUCCUCCAGCAAGCCAGGCAGAAAGGGCACUUUGAGUCUUGCGCUGUCAAGGUCUAAACUGUCUUACAGAUAGCUACAUUUGUAUAUAUACACAUGUGUAAACUCUAUAUACAGUAUAGACCCACAUUUUAUUUUCAUGUACCAUAGAUUUAUGUGAAAGUAAUUUUUUAAAGUUGUAAAAGAGAAAAAGCUUUAAACUGUGAAGAUCAAAAUUGAAGUAAAACAUCAGGAACAAGUUUUAGAUUAUGCCUCUGAAACUCAUCUCAGAUGCCCACUACAUUAAUGACAAAAUGUAAUAUUGAAUAUAUUAUCAAGGAUACUAUUACAGGACAUUGGGUUUGUGGAGGGCGAAGAUGUUCAGAACUAGUUGUUGAGUACUGCAGUUG